GUCUCUUGUUAGGUGUUUUUUUUAUCUUGUUGCCAUUAUUACCAUUGAUGUUGGUUUGUUGGUUUGUGUUUUAUUACCAUGUUUGCUCCUGUCACACGCGGAACGUGAUGCUGUUUAAUAGGACUUUUUAUUUCUCCUCCACCAGGUGGGAGCAUUUACCAUACGAGCCCUUUAGACUUUCCACUGCACCAUUAAAAUCCACGAUACUGAUACGUGGAGUUGGACUAUUGUUAAAGAUAAAGGGAUAAAUUAUUUUACAAAUGCAUUUAAAAAAUGUUUGCAUCAGCACAUUUGUUAUAAUACACAUCCCAUAACAUUUUGAUACAAAUAUUAAAAUGACUGUCCAAAACUUUUUGCGGUCUAUGAAGGAGCCACUGUUGGGGAGUUGCAGGCUGGAGAAGAGAAGCGGCUCGCGGAGCUCGUCUCGUGCGCGUUGAGCCCGCUGAGGCGGGGCGGCCCGACGCUCGCUGCCCUCCCUGCCCUCCUCUGUCCAGCCCAGCCCCUCUCCCCCCGGAGGGAGGAGUGCGCUGAUUAAACGCCAGCUUUAUUGCGUUGUCAUGUUUCACAAGACGUCCAGAAGCUCCCAGACCGACGGACAACGUCCUCUUUUUUUUGUUUCUGCGUUUCCCGACUUCUUUUCAUCCUUAACUUCUCGGCGUCUCGUAAAGACAUCACACUAAUGCUGUUUGAUGUUGUGUAACGCUUUCAUGGGUGAACAUCGUUCGCACUGUUUUAUAGUUUUGGUGCACGUCUUGUUUUGUCCGUAAAGAUGCAGCUGCGCGCGGUGCUUGACGUUAAUGUUGUGGAUGUGCAGAAGAGGCGGAAUCCAUCCAAACACUAUGUGUAUCUUGUCAACGUCACCUACUCUGAUUCCACUUCACAUGCCAUCUACAGGAGAUACAGCAAAUUCUUUGACCUACAGAUGCGAAUUCUUGACAAAUUCCCAAUUGAAGGAGGACAGAAGGAUCCCAAAAAGAGGAUUAUUCCUUUUUUGCCAGGUAAAGUUUUGUUUCGUCGGAGUCACAUCAGAGAUGUAGCUGUCAGACGACUGAAACACCUGGACAAUUAUUGCAAAGCUCUGAUGAAGCUUCCCUCCCAUAUUUCGCAAAGUGAGGAAGUCCUUAAGUUCUUUGAGACCAAGUCAGAGGACCUCAACCCUCCCACAGAGAACGUGCAGGGAACCAGAGCUGUGUGUUCAGUCCUCCCCUGGGAAGAAUAUUGUUCCAGCUCUGUGCUAUGGGUCACAAGCAAGCAGGGCAGAGACUGUGGCUCUGGAAAAAGAAAAUCAGGUCUGGAUGCCUCGGAUCCCAUGCUUCUGGAACAGUACGUGGUGGUGGCUAAUUACGAGAAACAAGAGCCUGCAGAAAUCAGCCUACAAGCAGGGGAAUUGGUCGACGUCAUUGAAAAAAGUGAGAGUGGUUGGUGGUUUGUCAACACAGCAGAGGAGCAGGGUUGGGUCCCUGCUACUUAUCUCAACUCCCACAGUGGCACACGGGAUGACUUGGAGCUGGGUGCCUCUAAGGCUGGAGAAGAGGAGAAGUAUGUGACAGUGCAGUCUUACUCCAGCGAGGGCAAGGAUGAAAUUGCUUUUGAAAAAGGAGUCAUUGUGGAGGUGAUUCAGAAGAAUCUGGAAGGCUGGUGGUUUAUCAGGUAUCAGGAUAAAGAGGGCUGGGCUCCGGCCUCCUACCUAAAAAAGGUGAAGGAUGACUUCUCUCCUCGUAAAAAGACUGUUACAGGUCCAGUGGAGAUCAUUGGAAACAUCAUGGAGAUCAGUAACCUACUUAACAAGAAAGCCCUGAGUGAGAAAGAUGUACAGACUGAGCUUGGCCCAGAGAGCCCCCAGGUGGCCAGGAAGGAGAUCAGCUUGCCAAUCCCCUGUGCUGACUCCAGCCCUCCUAAUUCGCCACAAGAUGGAAAAAGCAAAGCGGAGCCUGCUUCACCAGCUGUUGCUCGCAUUGCACCUCAUAGAGUUGAAAUCGGCUCUCCAGUCCUAAGGCAAAAACCUCCCCCUAGGAGAGAUGCAACCUUGGGAUUCCAGUUACCUUCUCCACCAGAGCCCCCUACAGUUGAAGCAGAGUAUUACACCAUAGCAGAUUUUCAGUCUUGCAUAUCUGAUGGUAUCAGUUUCAAUGGCGGACAAAAAGCAGAGGUCAUAGAGAAGAAUUCUGGUGGUUGGUGGUAUGUCCAGAUAGGAGAGAAGGAGGGCUGGGCUCCCUGCUCCUACAUUGAUAAACGUAAGAAGCCCAACCUGAAUCGCAGAACAAGCACUCUGUGCCGCCCCAAAGUACCACCUCCAGCUCCCCCUGUCAAAAAACAAGACUCAGUGGAGACUGCGCCUCCCAGUAGCCCCGGGUCUGAAGCUCCGGAAUCACCUGUGUCUCCUGGGAGACCUGCGUAUGAAGAGCCAGAAUAUGAUGUUCCUGCCAUCGGUGAUCUGGACUUGGAGUCUGAGUUUGAGUUUUUAAGGGGAGAAGGUUCGUUGGUGGAUGGAAAAAAUGAGGAUACAUCUUCUGAGAAAGGAUCCCAUUUGUCCUCCAAGCCGUCUCCUGCUUCAUCGCUCCACAGUGCCUCCUUCAAGAUGGGUGAGUCAUUUGAAGACGGCCAUGAGGCAGAAAGAGAGGCAGAUGGAGAUGAAGAGUGCAUCUAUGAGAAUGAUGGCUUUCGACCCUUCAGAGAAACCCCUGAGAGACAGUACAGCAGGGAGUCAAAUUCCUCCAAGACAAAUGUCUUGUCAGAAACUGGCAAGACUGCAAACUUAACAUCAGGUGGAUGGAGACUAGCUGGAAAUAAGCUCAAAAUAGACUUGAAUGGGAGCUCUUUUUCAACCAAAGCUGAGGAGGCAUCUAGUCCUAAAUCGGCCUCCACUGAAUCCACUCCAGAUCUGUCCAGACCUAAGAAAGACCAAGAGGAAAGUAAGAUGUCCUCUUCCACUAAGUCUUCCUGUAAACUGAAGCCAGUAGUGAGGCCUAAACCCCAACUAGCGAAAGCCUCCAGUGCAGAGAAGAUGGACAUCAGUACUUUGAGGAGACAGCUGAGGCCAACAGGGCAGCUGAAAAAUGGCACCAAAGCUAAAGGUGAGGACUCUGAGACAGCUUCAGUUGUCUCCUCUGAGGACUCCUUCUCUUCACAGAGCACAUCGGAUCUAUCGUCCAUUUAUUCAAAAGGCAGCCGAGGAGAUUCUGACCUGGAAGGAUGCAAUCUGUAUCGCACUACAGAUCCAUAUAAGAAAGUCCAAGAAACUGAGCUUAGUUUUCCAGCUGGAGUGGAGGUAGAAGUGCUAGAGAAGCAGGAGAGUGGCUGGUGGUAUAUUCGCUGGGGGGAUUCAGAGGGUUGGGCUCCAACAUACUACUUGGAGCCCGUCAAGCAACUUGAUAACAUGGCAGGGUCAGAAUCUGAUGGCACCCCAACUAAACCUGGAAGCCUUAGCAAGUCCAACAGCCUGGAGAAGAAUGAACAAAGGGUACAGGCACUGAACAACAUCAACCAAAACUUGAGGAAAGUCACCCCACCUAUCCCAUCCAAGCCGCCUGGUGGCCUCUCCAAGCCUACUGGCUUGUUCAGUUCUUACAAGCAGAAUAGCACCAAACAGCAGCAAAUUGUUAGGCCCCAGUCUGUUUUCAUAUCGGCCCCGAUCAGGGAAGGUUGUAGCCCUGUCAGCUCUCUCAGAAGAAAUGAAUCCCUCAACUCUACAGAUCACCCUCGUGCCAGCCCCACAGUCCGACGCAACGCCUCCUUUGGCACCGUGCCGCGCAAUUUGACGCCAAACAAUUUAGCAUUUCCCAACAGGAACAGGUCCGGUACAGGUAGCUCCGAAUCUCUCGGUCUCACUUCUCAGAAGAAUGCCCUCCCUGUAUCCACAGUGAAACCUAAGCCUCACAUCAUUCAUAACAACCUCAGAGAGGUGUAUGUGUCCAUAGCAGAUUACCAUGGUGACGAGGAGACCAUGGGAUUUCCUGAGGGGACAAGCCUGGAGGUCCUAGAGAGAAACCCCAAUGGAUGGUGGUAUUGCAAAGUUCUGGACAAUGGUGGACCAAGGAAAGGAUGGGUUCCCUCAAAUUACCUAGAGAAAAAGCACUAGCACUCAUGGAGCUGGCAGAACUCUAAACAUGCAUAAAAAACGACUCAAACAAAUGAAUUUAUUUUAUGAUAAAGGCUAAUCCCAAGAUCGCAAUCUUACCAGGUACCUUUGCCAAAAAAGAGCAGCCAAAUCAUAUUAGGAUUUUAAAUCAAAUGACUUCGGGGAAAAUGACUCUGCGUGUGACAGUGCCUGAGACGUUGCAUUAGGAGCAAUAUAUUGGCACUUAGUGGGAGCAAAGUGAACGCCAGAAUGCAGAGGAACAAUUAACGGUAGCCUUCAGUGCCAACUUUUAAUUUGAAAUAAGAAGUCCUAUGGUGCCCACUCCAUGAACUUUUUUAUAAUCCAAUUUUUUUAAAACCUUUUUAGCAUUUAAAGCCUGCAUGUUCCAUUCAUUAUACUGACGAUACCAUGAGCUGUUGAAAUUAAACCUUAUUCUCCUUUGCUUUCAAACAGGCCCAGUUUUUGCAAAAGCUGCUUUAUGUUAGUCUCAUUUUGGUGCUGUCUGUUUGCAUGGUUUUAAAAUAUCCUUUAAUACUGUAUGUCACUUAUGUGAAGUAUUGUAUCCAUUUAAAUGUUUAAGGUUGUGCUAAUGAAACAAUUUGUGAACAUCUCUAAGUAUUUUCUUACCCUUAAAUGUUAAAAACACUUUAAUUUUUCCUUAAACCUCAGCCUUUUUUAAUUUUUAAUUAAAAUUAAACGUCCCAAAAAAUAUAUUUAUUCAUUACCUAAAAAUCAUAUUACUUAUUUUAUUAUUUUUUACUGUUGAAAAUGUUCAACUGCUUAAACACUUUUAAGAACUGCUCUGUUUAUACAUGAUAACGUUUUGAAUUUCUGCUGGGCAGUAAAUUUGACAUAACUCCUAAGCUGCAGUAGUGGGACACUCACUUUUGAUUUGUUAACUGUUUGACCAGUUAUGAUAACUGAAGUGCCAAAAGGAGGAAUAAAAUAAAUGCACUUUUCAACUAUUAUUAGAGGUCUCUUCUUUACAACCCCCAAGGUAUGUACUGUAAACAGAGUUUAAUGUGGGUCUAGUGAGUGAGUAAUGUAUUUGGGUUGUUACAAAUGAAAAAAAUGUGUUUACUGUACUUAAAAUAUUUGCUUUUUGAAUCCUGGGCUCAAUUCCAGGGUCGUUCAGGUGCCUUUCUGUGUAGUUGGCAUGCACUCCUCGUUCCUGCAUGGGUUUCCAUCGGCUUCUUACAGUUCAAAAACACAAGAUUACUGCAGGUUCAAACAGUCUUUAUUGUCCACAAGUGUGAAUGCAAGAGUGAGUGGUUGUCUGUGCGUAUAUGUGUCCCUGUGAUGGACCAUUGAUUGAUGUAUGUGUACAUUGUAUCACAAUAAUAAUAAUAAUAAUAUACACCGAUACAUAAAAGUAUAUAGUACAUGCAAAUUGUAGUGAUUUAGCUUAGCUAUAUUCUGUACUUUUAAACAGGUUAUUUUUACAACAGUAAACCUAAUUUCUUAUACAAAAUGUUCAACACAAGUGUUUUCAGCUCCACAUGCACCGCUUCCGUAAUCAAAGUCGAGUGAAAAGGAAGUAAUUAUGUGCUGCAUUAAUUAUGUAUUGAAUAAACAGUAUUAUUUAGACUUAACAAAGAACAUGUUGAGCUUUUCAGGGUUGUUGCAUUAAAACCUCUCUGCCUUGUAAUAACUAUGAUAUCCAAAUAUUGAAUGUGUUUAUACCGAAUAUAAACCCACAUCUGCGCAUAAGGCACCCAGCUGAUGUGUUUAAACAGCUGGAUGCGCUUAUGUAAAUAAAUUAGAUCACACUUGG